ACGGCUGAACACUCAUUUUUAUUCUUAAGUUGUCAGAUUAUAAAUUUGUAGAAAAAUCAGUAACCAAAACAAAACAUUUUCGUUUUUCCGACAGAUAGAAGUGUGUUAACCAAUGGAACUAGAGACCUAAAGCCAGAUAUUACAAAAUAAUAAAAACACCACUUAAAAAGCGUUACAAAUUUAAGUAAUUUUGUGGAUUUACGACAUUCGGUCAUAUUUUCUUUCUCAAAUUAUCAUAUUUUGGAUCUUAAGCAGAGCAGAGCAGAGCGGAGAGCAGCAACCAUGGGCAAUGUGCACACGCUAGAGGAGGGCAAGGUCCAUGGGCAUGGUCAUGGACGUGGGCAGGGACAGGGGCGGGGUCAGGGCAAGGGCUAUGAGAAGGAGAAGCUUUAUCGAUUCUUUGGCAUACGCAUGGCCAACGAGGGCGAUGGCUAUAGCAUAACCGGGCAGCGGCGUGCGGAAAUACAGAUGAAACAGGAGGAGAAUCUGGAGACAGCAGGCCCAGGAGGGACGCGUUCCGCCGCUGCGGUUGCCGUCGGCGGUCUGGCAGUGCCGGCGACAGCGUUGCCAGAGCGUUUAGGGAAUCCAGGCACUGUGGCGGAAUUGCAUCGUCGAUGCCACGAUAUGCUGCCGCAAACAUUUGACGGCUUCCGACUGAACGUUAGCCGCGCCCUCGGCAGCAAUGUGACCGUCGGGCAUUCCCUGCAGGUGGGCAACCGGCCGCAAACCGCCGACUGUCAGUUCAAUGCCAGCUAUAUGGGCCAGCGCCAGCACGAGCUAACUGGCGAGGCAUACCCAAUGAUCAUUGGCGAGGUGGAUGCCCACGGCAAUGUGACCGGCACACUGAUGCACUUCAUCACGCCACGAUGCCGUGGCAAACUGACGACCACCAUACUCGACUCGGAGGUGCAGAGUUCGCGCCUCUUUCUAGACUACUUUGGCAACAAUUACAGCUGCACCUGUGUCCUGAGCAACAUCGAUCUGGCGCAGCGUAUGGGCGUCUUUGUGGCAUCCUAUCUGCAACAGGUCACACCUGAGCUGGCGCUGGGAGUCGACUAUAUCUAUCAGCGCGAGGACAUUGUGCCCGGCGGCCAGGCGGCACUCGUCUCGGCGGUGGCACGCUACCAGCAGGAAAAUCGACAAUGGUCCGCCAUGCUCAGCCUGCACGCCCUGGAGCUCUGCUAUACGCAGUUCUAUGGCCAGAGUCUGGGCGCCAGUGUCCAGCUGCAGGCGAAUAUCUUGAAGCGCCAGGCAAUAUCGCGGCUGUGCUAUCAUUGCCAUAUGCCCAGGGUUGGGUUCAGUUUUCGCGGCGGCAUCGACACACGCGGCGUCAUCAGCGCCGUCUGCGAGAAGCGACUCGAGCCGCUGCCCAUUCUGCUGCAGCUCAGCGGCAAACUGAAUCAUUUGACCAGUCGCUUUCGCUUCGGCCUGGGCCUGACACUGGGCUAAACAUGGAUGCGACAUGGUUUGACCCUCAAUUUCAGCCACUUGACGAACAAGCAACAGCUUGAUCAGCUUUUGCCUUGGAAUCUGCCACAGGGCGUGCAACGAAUUGUUGAAUGCCCUUUGCUGUGCCACAGUCGUAAAUGCUUGUUUAAAUUAAUCAAAUUCGAAGGAGGGGCUGGCGCCGUUUUGGUGUGCGUUUUGGUUCACGCCCAGCACUGCAGUGGGCCCAAGAAACAGCUCGAAGUAAUAAUAAAAACAGAUAAAAAUAUAUUUAAAAGAAGUUGAAAUUCAAAUGAAAAAGAUGCCCAAAUUCAAAUUAGAUACAUUUUUGAAAAGCUCUUCUCAAAUUCAGCGGUUUUAUACAACUUUUCAAAAGUACAAAAACGCAACAGUAAGAUACACGAAAAUUCAGAAAUUAUGUUAAUUUAAUAAACCGAAAUUUAUUUAAACAAAA